UUGGUAUUGUAUGAAAUAAAUAUAUUUAAGUUUGAUUGAACUUGAUGAAAAAUGUUUUUGAUGACCAAGACUUUUAGGAGUUAUCGAAAUAUAAGCUUUCAAUUUGUUGAGCUAACUUAAUUCUUGCCUUUUAAGUUUAUAUUCUUGGUUUUCUGUUAUGUGUCUUCAACAUUAAGCAACCCUAUAAUCAGGAAACUGGUCUGCAUGAAUGAAAAAUUGGAGGGUUUAUUACUUCAUUGCUCAAAUUGGGCACGUGGUUACUUAGAUAGGGAGGUACUUGAUUCAUAAUUUGAUGAAACAAAAAGUUAUUGAAGAUUCACAUUUAUUGCUCUUGAGUCUUGAUUGUCAAAGGGAGCACAUGAUUACUUUUUCUGUAGAGUAACUUGUGGAGGGUAAUGUGGAAGAAGCAUACGAAUAAGAUACUACUUGUUUAUGAUUAUGAUCAACUUGGGUCUGAGGAAUAUGACUACAUACUUGGUCUGAAUGUGGAGUCUGCAAUUGUUUCGGUUUAAAAGUCAACUUUGUGACUUUUAUAUCUAGCCAGGUUUAGCUACGUGAUAGACUGCUAAUGUUUGUGUGUUACUAAGAGAAAGAGAGAAAGAGUUGUUGCAGUAAAUUUUCUGAAAGGAUAAUGUAUUCUGCUUAGAAGAAUAUGCAACUCAAAACCUGUUAGAUAGUGCAAGACUGCAGAUGAGCUAUAGUUACUAUCUUGAGGCUGAUUUUUUUGUUCAACAUACAAUCAGAAGUUUAUAAAUAGUAUGGGAAUCCUUUCACGCAGUUCUGCAAGUAGAAAACCGAAUGAAACUAUGAGGCUUAUUGUAACAACUUUUUUUGGAGUAGUUUUGGGUUUCUUCAUAGGAGUAUCCUUCCCAGCAUUGUCAUUAACUAAGCUAAAUAUUCCAUCCAACUUCCUUCCUGCUCCUGUUCAGCUCUCAUACAGCGAUGAGACAAGUUCAGGUCUCUCUACUCAGAUAAAUGAGUGGUCUUCUGCAAAGAUUAAUGAUAGCAGCUCAAAGCAAGACCAGCAUAUAAAUGAUCCAACAAAGAUUUGGGUAACAUCAAAUCCUAAAGGCGCAGAAAGAUUACCACCAGGAAUUGUUGAAGCUACAUCAGAUUUUUAUCCAAGGAGAUUGUGGGGUAACCCCAGUGAGGAUUUAACCAGUCAUCCAAAGUACCUUGUCACCUUCACCGUUGGUUAUGAUCAAAAAAAGAAUAUUGAUACAGCUGUGAAAAAGUUUUCAGAAAAUUUUACCAUCCUCUUAUUUCACUAUGAUGGUCGGACAACUGAGUGGGAUGAGUUUGAGUGGUCACACCGAGCUAUUCACGUGAGUGUCCGGAAGCAAACUAAAUGGUGGUACGCUAAACGAUUUCUGCAUCCCGACAUUGUGGCUCCAUAUGACUACAUAUUCAUAUGGGAUGAAGACCUUGGAGUUGAGCAUUUCAACGCAGAAGAGUACAUAAAACUAGUCAGGAAGCAUGGUUUGGAGAUUUCGCAACCUGGUUUAGAGCCUAAUAAAGGGUUGACAUGGCAGAUGACCAAAAGAAGAGGCGACCGUGAAGUACACAAGGACACUACUGAGAAACCUGGCUGGUGCACUGAUCCACAUCUGCCUCCUUGUGCAGCGUUUGUUGAGAUCAUGGCGCCAGUGUUCUCCCGAGAUGCAUGGCGUUGUGUGUGGCAUAUGAUUCAGAAUGACUUGGUCCACGGUUGGGGUCUUGAUUUUGCUCUUAGAAAAUGUGUUGAGCCUGCCCAUGAGAAAAUAGGUGUUGUAGAUUCUCAAUGGAUUCUUCACCAAACUGUUCCCUCACUCGGGAGCCAGGGUGAAUCAUAUAAUGGGAAGGCACCAUGGCAAGGGGUGAGAGAGAGGUGCAGAAAGGAGUGGACAAUGUUUCAAAGUCGUUUUUCAAAUGCAGAAAAAAAGUACUUCAAAUCACAGGGGGUUGAUCCUUCAAUAGCUCAUUAGGGAACAGAACAGAAAUAACUGGAGUGGACUACUGUACACAAUCACCACCACUAUAAUGCUUAGCCUUUUUGUCUCUUUCUUUUUUCCUUUUGUCUUUACAUUUAAUUUGUAGAACCCCAUUAUCAAUAUUAUUAAUUUCUUUUAAUACAUAUAUUUUUGGAAAAGAAAAAAGUAUAUUCCUUCUGAGUUCCGGUGAUACUGGAAAUAGGGUACUAUGACUUGAUGUAACAAUGUCACUUCCAUCAAUGACUGUUACCACCACCA